AUGGAUGUGAUUUUUGAGCCCCAAAGAGGAAGAUCCUUCACCAUUGAAGUGGGUUACUUUGACACAGUCCUGGAGAUCAAAGAAAAGGUCCAGAAAUACCAAGGGAUUUCUGUUCCCCACCAAACCCUAGUCUUCAAUGGCCAGGUCCUUGAAGACGACAAAGACGUUGCCUACUGUGAGAUCCUCAACAACUCUCACGUUCAACUCAUCGUUGCCUCCGAAUCCGAAAAAUCCACCACCACCAACAACAACAACAAUGUCAAGGUGGAAGACUCGUCGCCCUCCAAGAAAAUCCAGCUCAACGUGAAGAUCCCCACAUCCAAAAUGCAUGUCCCUGUUGAAAUGGACAUAAACGACACCGUUACAAAACUAAAAGAAAAAAUUCAAGCGAUGGAUCAAGCUGUCCCAGUUGGUCGUUUGGUGCUCCAUUCACUUGGCAAUGAGUUGCAAGAUCAUCGUUCCUUACGUGAUUGUGAGCUUUCAGACAAUGCGGAGAUCGAGGUGAGCUUGAGACCGUCCCCAACGGCAGUGGCAGCGGUGGCUUCACCGGUGGCAAUGGGUGGUCCCGGGGGUGGGGGUGUGGCGGUGUCGAGGAAUAAGUUAAAGCUGAUGGUGUUGCCCAAGUGCGGGACGAAGAAAAUUCCGGUGGAAAUGAACCCAUCAGAUAAUGUAGGGGAGCUAAGAAAGGAGCUUCAGAAGUUGCACCAAAGGCUACACUUUCAUUUGCCACAAGAGAGCUAUUUCUUCAUCUAUAAGCAGAAUGUGAUGGAGGACGACAGGUCGUUUCGGUGGCAUCAAGUUGGGCAGGGUGAUACUAUAGAGAUUUUCAAUGGGAGCGUUACCGGUGGAUCCUAG